CGACGCCAAUCCCAUUCCUUGCCCCGCCAGGCCGGCCUCCUCCGCCCCCGGAUCAAAGCUAGCUCCGUUCGUGCGGCCGGGGUCUCGUCGAGCGCGCGCGGGGAUCGUCUUUGACCUCGUAUCCUACAGGCGUCAUGGCGCAGCGGGACAACAAGGUGGAGGAGCCGACGGAGGUGCACCUGCACGCGCCGGAGAUCGCGCUCUGCGCCAACAGCUGCGGCUUCCCGGCCAACCCCGCCACCAACAACCUCUGCCAGAACUGCUUCAUCGCCGCAUCAUCCACCUCCUCCUCGUCCACCCCAUCGCCACCAUCCCCUUCCUCCUCCUCCUCGCAGCCGGCGCCGCAGUUCCCGACCCUCUUCGACAAGCCGAGGGCGCCCGCCGCGCAGGCGGCUUCGCCCGUGUACGUGGCCGUCGACCGGCCGGCCGCCGGCCCCGCCGACCCCAAGGCGUCCAGGUCGUCGUCGGUCAACCGCUGCCACAGCUGCCGGAAGCGCGUGGGCCUCACGGGCUUCCGCUGCCGCUGCGGCGAGAUGUUCUGCGGCUCGCACCGCUACUCCGACCGCCACGACUGCAGCUUCGACUACAAGUCGGCGGCCAGGGACGCCAUCGCCAAGGAGAACCCCGUCGUGCGCGCCGCAAAGAUCGUGAGGUUCUGAGGAUCAAAGGACAAGGAGGACAGGAUGAUAUACACACACGGGAAAUCUGAAGAAAAAUCCACUCUUUUUUUCUCUUUCUUUCCUUCCUUUGGAGAAUUAAAGGCGAACAUACAUGUUAUCGUGCUGUUGUUC